CCGGCCCCUCCCCGCGCGGGGGCAAAGGCCGUGGGGCGGUGCGGGACGAUGUUGGGCGCCAUGGGGCGAGCGGGACUGCGGGCUUUGUCCGGGGGGGGUGCCCCUAAUUCCGGGAGGAUCCUGGAAGGGAAAGUGGCUCUCGUGACCGCCUCCACCGACGGGAUCGGGCUGGCGGUGGCAGAGCGGCUGGGGGCGGCGGGGGCCCGGGUGCUGCUGAGCUCCCGGCGUCAGCCCCACGUGGACGCAGCCGUGAAGAAGCUACGGGCCCAGGGACUGGAGGCCAGUGGGGUGGUGUGCCAUGUGGGGCAGCCCCAGGACCGGCAGCGCCUGGUGCAGACGGCACUGGACACUUACGGUGCCAUUGACAUCCUGGUCUCCAACGCCGCCGUCAACCCGGUCAUGGGCAGCACCCUGGAGGCCGAGGAGGCGGCCUGGGAGAAGAUCUUCCAGGUGAACGUGACGGCAGCGGCGAUGCUGGUGAAGCUGGUGGUGCCCCACAUGGAGAAGAGAGGCGGAGGAGCCAUCGUGUUCGUGACAUCGGUGGCCGGGUACAUGCCCUUCCCGGCGCUGGGCCCCUACAGCGUGAGCAAGACGGCGCUGCUGGGGCUGGUGAAGGUGCUGGCCCCGGAGCUGCGCGCCCGCGGCGUGCGCCUGAACGCCGUCGCCCCUGGCCUCAUCCAGACCCGCUUCAGUGCCGCCCUGUGGGAGGACGAGGCCACCAGGGAGCAGCUGAUGUCCUCCAUGGGGAUCGAGAGGCUGGGAACGCCGUCGGACGUGGCCGAGGUGGUGACGUUCCUCUGUUCCCCCGCCGCCUCCUACGUGGUGGGCGAGACCAUGGUGGUGGCUGGGGGGGCCCCCUCCCGCCUCUAGGAGACCUGGAGCGUCCUGGGACCGCAUCACCACGCGGCACCUGGGGGUGGUCUGCGGGGUCUGUAGGGGCGUUCUGGGGACGCCUGCCGGGAUACGGUUAGUUUGGGAGGAUGAGGGGACCUACAGGGGACGUUUAGGUCUGGAGGAGGCACUUGGGGCCAUCCAGGGGGGAGCUGGGUCCUGCAGAAAACUGGUCUGCCACAGAGGUCUUUGUAGGCCCCAGUGUGCCCUUGGAUGUCCCCAUGGUGUUUCUAGGGGAACCAGCAGGGAGCGCUGAGGCCUGCAGAAGUGUCUGGGGACAUCUGAGGCAGUCUGUAAGGAAUACUGAGGGCUAUAGGGGUGCUUGGGGACGUUUGUGGGGGAUAUUGCGGUCUACAGGGAAGCGUAGGGGGAUUUGUAGGGGGCACUGAGGCCAAUAUGGGGUGUUUGGAGCAAUCUGUGGGGACACUGUGCCCACAGGGGACUGUGGGACACUGGGAUCCAUAGGGGACAUUCCAGGAGCUAUCAGGUAGAUUUGGGGUCACGUCAACAUUUUUGGGGCACUUUGGAUCCCCCAAUAAAUCCACUGACACUGCCCUGGUUGCAGCUCAGCGGUGUCUAUGUGGGUUCGUCACAGUGCUCAACAUGGGGUGACCAUCUUGACGGCGUUGGCAGCCAUCUUGAAGAGACAGGCCUUAUCUUGAGGUGGCAUCUUCUUGCACCUCUCCCUUGGGGCCUCCUGUGGUAUCUCCAUUUCCUCGUGCCCCCUGUUAGCACUAACAAGCAGCGCCGUGGCAAUGAGCAGGGUCCGUUUAUUGCCAGGGGGAGAAACGUGGGGGGAGGAAGGGAGGAGUGGGGGGAAAUGAGAGGCAUGAAACAGCACUCAAGAAAUGUGAGAAAGAAAAAUGGGGAAAGCAGAAAAUAAGUAUUGCGGGAAAUGGAGGAGCAAAGCAUCCAUCGAGGCAUGCUAACAAGAGCAGGGGAAGCAGCAAGUAAGGAGUGUGAAAGAAAGAAAAAGUAAAAUGCCAUUGAGGCGUGAGAGAUACGGACUUGGCAGCUGGAUGAGGAACUGGUUGUGACACCAUACCCAGAAAGUGGUGGUCCAUGGCUCACUACCCGGAUGGAGAUCAGAUGACAGCGGUGUCUCCCAUGGGUCAGUACUGGCACUGAUCAUAGAAUCACGGACUCGUGAAGGUUGGAGAAGAUGUCUAAGAUCAUCUAGUCCAGCUCCAACCCAUCCCACCAUGCCCCACUGACCACGUCUCACACCUCCAGGGAUGCCCAUCGGACUUGUGCUCCAAACCCCUCACUUUGUUGCCCUUGUCUGACAUGUUCCAGCACCUCACUGUCUUUCUUGUAGUGAAGGGCCCCAAGCUGAACACAAUACUUGAGGUGCGGCCCAGAGUUGCGCUCCAGACUAUUUUUUUAUUAGCAGCUCAUUACGCUAUAUCUGAAUGCAACCCAAAUUCAUGGCUAGGUAUGGUCUUUGCAAACAUGGUGAAAACCAGCCUACAAUGUCAUGAACAUGAGUCCCACAUUACAGCCGUCGGGUUUUG